AUAGUGGUGGUCAUUUCAGACUCUGACGUGGGGCAUUUUGGGAAAGAAAAAUUCUGCGAAAUAACUAUAGAAAGGGAUCUGUGUAAAUUACGAGACGAAUUCGUUAGGAGCAAUAGGACCUGAAAAUCCGACGGUUGUCAGUUGCUUGGUGUGAUUAGGGAAUGUCUGGGGAUUAUCAAAUUCCUGAAACGAAGAAGGCACGAGUGAAAUGGGACGAAGCUAAUUUGGGGGAAAUUGAGGCGAAUAAACCUGUAAGGCAGAAAAUAACUGAACCAAAGACGCCAUAUCAUCCCAUGAUUGAUGAUGAUGGAUCAUUAUCUCCUAUUAGGGGAAGUUUUGAGGACAGCUUUGGAGAUUCUACACAUGCAGAUGCUAUACGUUCGGCAUUGAAUGAUGUGGCUUCCUCAAGCAAAAAUAAGCCUCAUCGCUCAGGCUGGACAUCAUCUGAAGAAGAGGAUGGAAUGGAUCAAGAUGAAGAAGAUUCUAACUCUGAGAGGCAAAGGAGCUUCAGGGAGCAUCGUACAGCUCACUAUGAUGAGUUCCGUCAAGUUAAAGAACAUCGUAGAAAGGGCUCGUUCGUUGAAGACGGGAUUGAGGACUGGGCCGAGGACAGAAGGUGCGAUUCAUCAUCAUCUUUAACUGAUGGGGUUAAAGACAUUGAAAUCGAGGAAUCCGCACUGCCAGCUAAUGGAUCUUAAAAUCAAUUACAAUCAAAAUAAAUUGUACCCGUGUCUGUUUUUGUAACGUGGUUUUAUUGCUCUAUGCUGGUAGUUUGAGGACUUGAAACUUUUGGGCUUUUCUGACCUUCAGCUUUGCAACAUGUGUAUAUGCAUUUAAAUUUGCGACACAAAGUUUUAUCAUUUGUUUUGUAGAGAGAUUACAUUUCUCUUUAUUAGUACAUGUUUUGUAAGGUGGAUUGGAGAGAAGCGGACAAUAUUAAAUAAGAAAAAGAAGUUAAUGAUAUUAUAUCCAA